UCCACGGACGGCUCCGCUACAAUGCUCAAACGCGUCAACAGCGAUUCAGCAGACGGCACACAGAGCAACCCGAGCAGCACGGCGCACCACAGCCAUGGACAUCAACGUAGACGAAGUACUACCCCUCCCCCUGGUGUAUAAUGAUUACGUCAAGACGUCGAUCAACCUCGCGCUAGAGAACAAGAAAUUGUUCACCCUGAAGCAACAGAUGCUGUUCAUCCAGAACGUAUGCAUCGUGUACUCCUGCUUGGCGGUCAAGCGCAAUGCUGGCGUGGUGGGCACCGAAGCGAAGCGCGCUGCUGCUGCCCAAGGCUACAGAGAGAUCGCUGUGCCAGGCUUUUUCAGAUGGGCGAGGGACAACGACAUCACGUUCCCUUCUGAGUUGACCAUGAAGAGGAUUGGGGCCACCUCCACCGACGGAGCACCGGUUCUCUACACCAACGGGAAGAAGCUCUGGACGAAGUUCGACGCCGCGAUGCUGAAAAUGAAGAAGUUCUGCAACCCUAUCUGGGACAGAUACGUCAAGGGCCAGCCGGGGGGCAACCUGCCGUCGGGCCAAACUGGAGACGACGCCAUCAAUAACCUUCUCGACGGUCUCUACUCUAAAACCAAAGGCUCCGCGGAAAGCCCUGUGCAGGAGGACGAUCUCGUGGAGUCCACUCCUGCAGCCGACGGAGGGAAAGCCCCGGAGGAAAAGGCAGACGGGGGUGCGCCGAACGAGGACAAGCCAGACCAGGAAGGGGAGAAGGGCAAGACGGCUGUCAUCAAGAAGGAAAGGAACCCGGACGAUGACGAUGCGAGUGUGGACGACGACGACGUGCCUUCUGAGGACGAACAGGCGGGUGAUGACGGGGAGUACCCGCCAAGGCCCGACGGAUGGAUGCACCCAUUGCUCCUCAUCUACUGUUUUAUCGGAAGGCCCAGUGACAGCGAGGAUCCCGACCUGGCGACCGCCAGGAAGACGAGCGGCCCACCGAAGCGGGGGUCGAAGCGGAAGUCGGGGGACGGGGGGGGCAGCAGCUCCGCGGGGGGCAGCAGCAACAGCAGCACGGGGGAAAGUGAGACUGAGCCAGGCGGGGUAGGGUCCGAUGGUAACCUCACGUCAACAGCUAUCCGGACAUUCGCCGGGGCCGGCGAGCCGCAAAGCCGAGCGCAGGUGCAAAAGCAGCAGGCGGAGGUGAAAUCAAAGGCUGCCAAUGAGGCCUUCCGCCAGAAACGACUCGCCCAAGGUGACCAGAUUACUAAGGCCGUGAAGACGCUGGCGGACUCCGUUGCUGCGCGGCGGGUUCUCGAUGAAGAGGCUGCGGUCAGGGCACGCGAGACGGCCGCCGAAUCCCGCAAGCAGAGGAAGGUCAACAACAUGCGAGGGCUACUCGAGUUUUCGGAGGUGGAUUCGGCUCAGUACUAUGAGCUUCGUGCCGCAAUAAAGGCAGUGUACCACCAACCCUUGUCUGACUUCAUGGAAGCCAUCCCCCCAGCUGCGACAACACCAUCUCCAGAAGCCGGAUCAUCUACCCCUGCGACUUCC